AUGGCCGCCCGCAGCCGCUCGCUGGGCCUCUUCUGCUCCUUCUGCGGCAACCACGACCACAUCGGGGAGGACUGCGCCGCGCUCGACAUGGCGGAGUCCCUCACCGACGCGCUCGGCCUUCCGAAAUCCUCACGGCGCCCCCCGCGCCAGUACCAGGCGCGCGCUGGGCGCUCGACCAGCCGCCGCGGUCGUUCCCGGAGCCCGCCAAGACGCUACGGCCGCUCCAGGCCCCGUCGCCGCAGUGUCCCGCAGGCGCCGUCGCGGUGCACCGUCGACACCGCCCGCGGGCACGCUCCCGACCCAGCCGCCUCGCCACUGCUGCCCCUGGCUGCCCCUUUCCCGCCGGUGCCCCCCGGCGGACCGUCGCCUCUGGCUGGCCAGCCUCCUCAGUCCAUGCCCGCGCCUGGGCUCGAGGCAGUCCUCGUUCCAGUCGCGCGCCAGCUCCUCGGCCUCAUGCAGCAAGCUGGGUAUGGGGGCCCCCACGCCGUGCAGCGCUCUCUGCCAGGUCCCGCCACCCACGGCCACUCCACCUUGGAGGGGGUUCGCCGCGCGAUUCGUGGGCUGGGUCACGAGGACCUUCGCAAGCCGGUGUUUGACGAGGAUGGGGUGUCCCUCACCAUCCGCAACGUCGCCUACGGCGUUCCCCCUGGCUUUGAGCCAGACCUCGCCUGGGGGGGCCCGCGCUUCAAGGACGCCCGCAUUGCAUGCAAUGCCGAGAUGAUGCGUCGCUGCAAGGCUCUCUGCACGGCCAAGACGCGCAGUGCCCUCACUGAGAAUCCAGGCGAGUACAUCCCGUACGUCAUGAGGUCCCAGGCCCGCCGGAACUUCCAGAAGAUCGUGCCACUGGUCCCCAUGGAUGCCGACACAUACAACUUCAAUGUUUUUCUCACAUGGCUCACCCGGAACUCCCCAUACACGAUGAAGAAGGACGCCCUCCCAGACAUGAUCUCCAAGGUCGCAGCCAGCAUGGUCGACGACGGCCAGGCCAUCAUCGAGGCUCAAGCGGGCUCGCAUGAGGCCGCCCUCCUGCCUGCCGCGCCCAUCCGUGCCCUCGCGCGGCCCCCCGGCCCCGCGGCCCCGGGCCCCGCCACCGCGGCUGCCCAAGACGCCGCGGCAGCAGGCGCUGUCAGCAUCACCCUGGAGGACCUGCAGAACUACUCCUUCACGAAGCUCCACGACGCCCGCCAACCCAAGUCCCUCGACUGGGCCCUGGAGGACACUGACGUCACGUCCGACGACACACAGGGGCUCCGCAACAAGUUCAAGGCUUACCACACCGCCCUCAAGGCGCUCGCCCCCAAAUCCACGGGCGGCCGCACCAAGACCCCGGGCAGAGCCAAUCAACAAGCCAGCGCAGCCUUCAAGAAGGCGGUCGAGACUAUGGGGGUCAAGUUCGACGCCACCCGCCUCACGGACGUCGUCAAGCUUGUCGCGGCCGUCAGGGCCCGCAGCGACGAGCUCGGCCACGAUGCGGAAGCCUUCACCCUCGAGCAGCACGUCAUCGCCUCCGAGCACCCGCGGCUCAACGUGACCUACGUCCACCAUUUUGCCCUGCCAGGCAAUGGGCCACACCCGGCCCUCGAGCCCGUUCGCCGCUUCCGUCGCUGGCCCCGGCCGCGCCUCCACGCGCAGGGCGCUCUCCCAUGGCUGCCGCACUCUGGCGCCAAACGCGCGUUCCAGGGCAUCAUCCACCGCCUCAUCCAACAUGCCCAGGAACGUGGCCAGACCUUGCUGUUGCCGGCCAUUCGCGACCUCAAGGUCAUGCUUUCGCCAGUGGCCGCCAUUACGCUCCGGGCCGGCUUGCGCAGCGCCCCCAGCUUCUACCGCCGUCUUGGCGAUAGUGGGCCAUGGCCGCGUGCAUGCCACAUGCAUCUGGACCUCCCCCGCUACCCGUCCCCUGACGGCGAGUGCCACAUAUUCGCCCCACAGGACACAUGGCCCUGGCCCGCUCACCUCUCGCACCUGCGCACCCUGCCAGCGCACACAGUACUCGUGCCAUCCCAGGCGCGGUACACUGCCGCAUGCCGCCGCCUGCUCCGGCGCCUCGCGGCUGCGCUACGGCUCGAUUGUUCGGCGGCCUUCAUCGACUGCUGCGUCCACGACGUGGUAUCCAGCAUUGCCUUCGACUUCGACGCGCCGCACCUCCCGUUGGACUUCGACCCCGUACCGGAGUCGGUCAUUCGCGCUGGCCGGUCACUCACACGCGGCCUCGUCGUCGAAGAAUUUCAGAAGACCAAGCACGUGCUCGUAGCCGAGUGUCCCCGCCGAGUGCAAUUGCUCUGCACGGCCCUGUUCGGCAUCACGGGGCAAAACCCGCACUUCGUGUGCCACCCGGGCUUGACAGCCGAAGCCGUACUCCAGCAGGGCCUCGAGUCGCCAGCAGCACGAGCAAUCGAUUGGAUCAGCGGCACAGGCAUCCCUGAGCACCUCCACAUCGACGCGCAGCGCACCGACUCGCUGCUGCCGUUGCUCGAGCGCUUCAGCGAACUGGCCCCCCACGGGCCCGUGCAGAAGUACGGGAGCGACCUCACCGACUGCUUCACGAACAUCCCACACUGCCUUGUACGCCGGGCUUGGGUCUUCUACCAGGAGGUCCUGGCUGCACGGGACAUCUCGGCCAUCGCCGCCCCGCGGCGGCGCGGAUUCGCACGAACCCUGCCGUUCGAGCCGCCCAGGGCCUCGCCCCUCCACGUGGUCUUCCGGCCAGCGGACCUCACCGCUGCCAUCGAGCACAGCCUCGCGAACCUCUGGCUCGCGGUGGGCACGCUCGUCGGUCGUGCCACCGACGGACUCGCAGUGGGCAGCUCUUUGGCCGGAGCCCUCACCCGUAUGGUGCUUAUCUACUGCGACGUCGUGUUCCACGCCUCCCUCUACAGUGGGCGCGGCCUCCCGCCGCCUGCUCGCUCCAGAGUCCGGUAUUACGUCGUCGAGGGCGUCCGCAUCCUCAUCCUCGAGUCCCGGUACAUGGACGACUACAUAUGCCUAUGGAAGGCCUCGGUAGACACGCCACCUGCGUCUCUCCGUCGCGUAGCGGAUCACAUUGCUUCCUGGCCGUCUUUAUGCUACCCGCUCCCGAGUGAGACAGACGGCGGCGAUGUCAUCACGGGCAUGCGGCUGUCCCUCGAUUCAUGUGGGAGAGUCUCGGUACGGCCGGCGUCCCUCGAUCUCGGGUCCUACUCGGACGACUUCCAAUACCCACCGUACAUGCACUUCCGCAGUUUCGCUCCGAACGCCACCGAGAGAGCCAUCGUCCUCGGCCUCAUCGCGCGGACCGACGCCUUCACGUACCCCCCGGACGCGAAGGCGGCCGCGCUCGCCGAGCUACUCACGCUCCUCAUCACGGCGGCGGAGUUCCCAGCGGCUGUCGUAAAGCGGUGGGCCACGCAGAGCCAGGUGAGCGCCCCCAGGCCAUGGGUCACGAAGGCAUGCGAGCAAUGGGAGGCUCGUUCUGCCUGA